GGUGUGUGUGGUGUCAUGAUUACAAACUGGUCAGAUGCAGCAUUCUCUGACCUUUCUGUGAUGUUUCUUGUGUUUCCAGCAGGCCUUGGAGAAAUCACCCAGCAGCUGAAUCAGAGUGAACUAGCUGUUUUACUGAACUUGCUGCAGAGCCAGACUGAUCUGAGCGUCCCACAGAUGGCCCAGCUGUUAAAUGUACACUCUAACCCAGAGAUGCAGCAACAGCUGGAGGCUCUCAACCAGUCCAUCAACGCUCUGACAGAAGCCACAACUCAGCAGCAGGAGUCUCAGGCAGCAGCAGCAGCAGCAGCAGCAGAGGAAGCCAUAGAAGAGCCACCCACGGAGGCCCAGCCACCGGAGGAGCAGGUGACUCCAGAAGCAGCUGGUGCUCAGGGAGACAUGCAGAACGUGCUGGCCGUUCUGCUCAGUCAGCUGAUGAAGAGCCAGGAGCCUGUCCUAACCCUGGAGGAAAGCAAUGGGGAGAAGAGCAGCGAGCAGCGGGGGCUGAGAAAAACCCCUACAAUGCAUCAGGAGGAAAGCACAGCAACAUCCUGUGACGACCUCACCAAAUUGUAGAAGCGCCUCCUGAGUAUGUCUCAGACUCUCCAGGGAGCCUCUUUUGGCCCGAUACACAACUCCUCUGCAAUGUAGCUGAACGUGCUGUGUUCUCGUGCCUUCAACACACCCGCCCACCACAAGCCAGUUGUGAUUGUGCUUUUUUUUCCUUUUUUUCUUCU